AACAGAAGGAAAUGACAGAUAUUGUAAUAGAUGACUAUCAAUUUUUACAGCAACAUGGGCAUAAUAGUAAGGGAGGUGAAUAUAUUCAUAUUGGAUGGUUAUUAGCAUGUACGGUAACCUACGCUGAGAAGAUCUUAAUAAAUCCACCCAAAGAUUUAUCAGAAAAG